AUGAAUAACGAUCACGGAAUUUGGGCAACGAUGACGAAGAGCAAACGGAACAUGGUGAAAUCAGACGCUGAAAAGGACGAGCUGAUGCCACUGGAGGGUAACGGACGCGAAGCAUGUAUAGCACAAUUUAUCGAUAUGUGCGAUGAUAUGGUAGUUGACGGCCAGAUCUCCGUUGAUGAAUGGUGUGAUUGCUUCUCGUUUGCUGACGAUCUUCGCCAUGAACCACCAUGCCACAAGAAGAAACACUCCGUCGAUCCUCAUAUGACUGGCGUCGAGAUAGCGCAAUUACUAUCCAGCUAUCCAGAGGAAUGA